AUGAAGCUCAGGCGGUCCUGGGUUCGCAAAAAAAAGAUUAAAACUGUGGUCGACCCGGAGUCUGAUACCGAUUCAGCGGAACGAUCCGCCCCCAAUGAACCAGACGACGGCGGCGACAGGAAAGCGCAGGUCUGGGCCGUGCUUUCGAAACUCGUCAAGCUCACCCGUGCUCUUGUUCCUCGUGGCUCCGCGGCCCGGCGAAAGGGCGAGGGGAAGGGAAAUGAUAUAAGCGGGGGGUUCGACGUCGUGAUGCGGCUUGAGGGAGACGAACCUGCCCAACAACGGCUGGCGACAGUGACCCUCGACAACCAGUGCGACCGGAUGGAUCUUAUGAGUCUCCGUGUUUGGGAGAGACUGAACGAGGGCCGUGGGAUUCUGGAUCGCGUCGACGACAUCACUGUGCGGACCCUGGGGUUAGAGCAGAUCCAGAUUCUAGGGGUUGUUCGGGGAGUGGAAUGGCGCAUGAAGUGGGGGUCCAGGACUUACAGGUCUGACUUCUAUGUUGUCGAGAUGGAGAGGUUCGAUGUCUUGGUAGGGAGCGAAACCAUCCGCAGGUAUGAUCUGUUGAGGCCCUGCAGCGACCUUGAGCGUCACUUCAUCGAAAGCGAACGCUGGAAUGCAGGACUGCAAUUCAUGAGGGCAUGA